AUGGCAACAGAGAGCACAAACGGAAGCCCUCCCCUGGGCAAAUAUCUUGCCUCAACUGACAAGAAAACGCGGGACAAGGCCAUAAAGAGCCUCGCCGCCUUCCUAUCUGACCCCGCGCGCGAAGCUCUGCCCAAAGCUGAGAUGGCGAAGCUUUGGAAAGGGAUCUUCUACUGUUUUUGGAUUUCUGACAAGCCUCUGGUUCAGCAAGCACUUGCCACGGAGAUUUCAGACAUCCUGCUUGCGAUCUCCGAUUUGUCAGUCUCACUGGCGUUUCUGCGUGGAUUCUGGGAGUCAACUGUCCGGGAGUGGAACUCGAUUGAUCGGCUUCGAAUCGACAAAUACUACAUGCUUGUUCGCCGCUUCGUGAACGCCUCGUUCCGUCUUCUAAUUCGAGCAGAGUGGGAUGGUGCGGCUUGCAAGGAAUAUAACGGCAUACUCACACAACACGGUGGACCUCUAUGCGUCGACGAUCAACGAGUGCCAUUAGGUCUGGCCUAUCACCUUGCCGAUAUCUACGCCGAAGAGCUCGAUAAGGCGCUCGCAAAUCCUCCAGUCGAUUCCCCUCUUCCCGCACCAAUUACCACUCUCCUCGCUCCUUUCGCUACCCUGCUUGCGCGUGCACCUACAGUAGUGGCCUACGACCGCGUACAGUCGGCCCUCAUCGAUCCGCUUCUCGACGCCCUUUUGUCAGAAGGAACCUCAGAAGAACCCCCGAGUCGCAAACGGCCACGACUUUCCACAGAAACAUACCUCCACCUGGUCUCGAAUUCAUGCACCUCAAAUCCAGAACCUGAAAAGCCGCAGAGCACCACAGCCCUCCGGAAAGCAGUCCUGCAACAACUGUUCGAUAUCGCCAGUGAACCCGACACACGGGAUGCCAGCCGGCGGAGGCUAUAUGCACUCUGGAAAGAGCGCAGCGAGGACGACGAAUCCGAGGACGUCGCCAAGAAAAGAUCAAGGACCGUCGACGCGAGCUGA